ACCAAACUUUACUGUUUGCAUUAUUCAUUCCAGUCAGUUGUGGUCUCCUGGCAUCCGCUAAACCCAGAUUUGUCCAUCAGAUUGCCCGAUAGUGGAGUGUGAUUCAUCAUUCCAGAUUUUUCAAAAUCAAGCAAAUUUCAGUGGUUGAAAUGUAAACAAAGUCAUUCAGAGUGGUUUGAUGUGAAGUGAUACAUUAUAGAGAAAUUUACUUCUGGAGGCCUUCAUUAUCUGGAUCAGGUGUGCUGGAUUAGGUUUGGAGCUAAACUGUCCAGGCUGGUAGAUCUCUAGCACCAGUAUCGGGUACCCUUGCUGUAGAAUGAUUUACAGUUCAUGGAUUUUAACAACUAUGCCAAUACAAAUCAUGUCCAAAAUUGUACUGUUAAUGAUUACCUUACCUUACCAGUAUAUUGGGUCUAGUGGUGCUCCUGGGUGUUCAUUAAUGAAUGGAUAGAAGGAGGCUGGUAAAUUGAGCAACAGAUGGCUAUAGUCUUUAAUUUUACACCUAUAAAGUGCACCACUAUCAGAUUUAAUCAUUACUUUCUGCUGGCAGGAAUCAUUAUGGAAAACAUUCCUUAUCUGUAUCAGCAAAUUAAGCUGGCAUUUGCCCUAAUCAUAAAAAAAUGUUUAAAUGCAUGCAGUAAAUGAUAAUCUUAGGUUUAAACAAGCUGCCCGACCUUGAUAUCUCAGCAGUUUUCAGGGAAGGUGCUAAUGAAGUGCUCUCAGUUCCAUUGACCUCAAUGUAAGAGAAGGAAUGAAAGAAUAAAGGAAAGUCAGAGCACAUUUAUAACCCACAGGAUCAAAAAGCCCAGCCCACCAGCUGAGCUGUGCUACUGCACUUUAAAAGGAGGAACACAGUUUCAUGUAGGCUAAUCCUCUCUGCUGAGCUGAGAUCAACAGCAGGUCUGAUAGGACUAACAGGAGAUUAACAUGAACCAGAUCCGUUUGUCUGAAGUUUUGGUGAAGAACUCAAUCGCAGCAGUCAUUUCACCUCUGAAAGAUGGCCUCUGGUCCAUCAACAAGGUCUAUGAGGCCCUCAUUGAUGGAGAUGUAGAUCCCAUUAGUGGACGGUGUGCCAACUACAAACACAGCAGAAAGCAGAUUGUGCAGGCCAAGAAGAACCUGGAGCGGUCAGAACAGGCAGCCGGUACAGGACUGAGAAGUCUGGAUGAAAACAUUGAGAUCCUGACACGAGACAUGGGAAAGCUUGAGCAAGAGAUGAAAGACACAAAACAAAAGUUAGACAACUUGAGAACAGAGCAGACAUCUAAUGAAAAUUUACUGAAGCAGUCUGAACGUUCCGUGGAGCAGAGUAGAAGAAAUCUGAAUUCAGCAAGAGACACACUUCGGAAACAACAAGAGAGGAAGCGUAAUGCUAAAGUCGUGACAGGUGUAGGAUUGGGAUUGACGUUAAUACCAAUAGUUGGAUGGAUUGCUGGUCCUGCCAUGGCAAUUGGUGGUGCAAUGGAAAUAGAUGAAGCUACACAUGCUGCAGAAAUAGCUGAAGAGGAGGUGAGAAGCUCUGAGUCUCAAGUGGAAAAAUACCGAAGUAAAGUGUCUGAAUAUAAGCAGACAAUUUCGCAGACUGAGGGCGACAUCAAGCAGAAACGUGAUAAGGUUGAGCAGAUCCGUAACAAGAUUCAGAAGGUGAAGGAGCAGAGAGAGGCUAUAGCUGAUUUCCAAAAGAAAGUGAGAAAGGCUGUCCAUGUCCUGAGUGGUCUGAGUGGAAAGGCCAGAGUGGCUGAAACUCAGACUCGCAGAUUCAUCUUCCAGAAACCAGUGAUGAAGGUGAUGGAGGAUCUGAUGAAGGCAGCAGGAGAAAUCACAGGGAAUCAGCUCCUCUCUGCUGAAGGCAUACCAAAACUCAUCAGUGAAAUAAAGGAGAACAACAGAAAACUGGCAGCCAUCUGCGCCUCAGCCAGCAGUGCUGAACAUGAGGGCUACUACUGAUUAUCUUAAAAGGUAGUUCAGUCUAAAACAUUUUUAAACUGACAAAUGUAUGCAGUACUCAAGUACACUGUACUGUUGUCUUACAGUAGGGAUGCACACUAAUGUCAUACAGUGAUGUUGUAUCAGCCGCCUUUCAGACUUCCUCAAGCUCUGAACACUUCAACUCCCAGAAUCCUCUACUACUAAUUCCGCAUUCCCUUCCCAUCACCAGGGCAAUCUGUUCUCUAUCCUGUUAAGAGAGGACUUUCAUCUUUCACAGAUUCAGUCUACAUUCCUAGUUAUAUAUGAACCAAUCCACCAAAUUAAUCCAAACUGUGCUCCCACAGUAAAAGCUAUUUAAAUAAAACAGGUAUUCUGACCUUAGAUAUUUACAAUGAUUAUGUUACGAUUGACUUAGACCCAAAGGAUUCAUUGAGAUACUAAUAAGCCAAAUAUGUACAAAAGCAAAAUAAUUAUUUAUAAGAUACUUUCUAUUGGGAGGUGGCUGUCACAAACAAUAAACCAAUAAUAAAAGUUUCAUUUUUUAUUUUUUUGUUAACAUAAUACUUACAUUUUUUCAGUGCUGUUUUCAAAUGAUGUUUUAAAUUUCUUUUAAAAUGAAGUUGAAAGAUUAAGGUUUAUCAUGGAGUUUAAAUUUUCAAAUAAAAAACUUCAAAAAAUGCCGUCCCAUGUUUUCUUGUCGCUACCAUAACAUAAAGAUUUUUAGUCCAUGGGUGGAGCCUUAUUUUAGCCACAUCCCUGCAUUUUAGAGCAGGAAGUGAGACUGCAUCCUUCUCCCUCCAGGCCACAUGGUGAGCAGUUACAUCUCUUGUAAUCUCAAAGAUGUAGCUUUGUAGCAACUCAAAAUGUACAACCCCAUUUCCAAAAAAGUUGGGACACUGU